UGAGUUUCGAUCCGGCGCAACAUCGCCAGAGUUAUAUAAGAGGUUGUCACGACCACGACCUAGCUACUCCCCUCCUCGAUUCCCUGCAGGAAGAGUUUGUUAGUUACCAUGACGAAGAAAAGCUUAUACGAGCCGCUGAGCAGCAGUUCAACGGAGGCCACGAAUGGCAGAGGGCAGCCGUCGACGGCGGCGCACCUUGAUGACGACGACGGCUGACAAUGUUGUUCGGCACGUGCUGGUUAGUUUGAGCAUGUCUGCAUUCUUCGUCAUCUCGGCGGCACAUGUAUGGCAGGACGCGGGGCAUCAUUGGUACAACGUGAUCAUCACCGCCAUCGUCUUCCUCUACUCCAUGGUCAUGAUCCAUCUGCUGCUGAUCAAAUGCCGGGAUCGGAACAAGAAGAGCGAACUUGAAUCAUGCCAAGUGAUUGUUAUCAGCACACCCACAGAUUGUAUGGCAUCAGUGUUGAUGGUUGCUGCGACGGGGAUGUUAAUAUCCCUUGGGGUCGCGCUCUUCGUCUUUCGCCCCGCCUGGUCUGACCUGGCGUUCAUUGCUCUCAUGGUCUCCUUAUCCAUGGGGUCGACGUUUCUUUUGCUCAAAAUUGAGGACAUUGAGAGGAAGAAGAUUCCUAAGGGAAAAUGUGAAGAUGCCUCAGAUCUCGUAUGGUUUUUUUUUUAACACAGAUCUCGUAUAGUUCCAGAGUAAUGGUAUCUAAAA